AUGACAUUGAGACCUGUCAGAUGGCCUGUCAGAGCUAUUAACCCUUUCUCGCGAUUGCAGCGUUCCUACAAGGUUCUGGCGAUUGAAACCUCAUGCGAUGACACUUGCGUCGCUGUAUUGGAUAGAAAAAACUCCAAAACUGCGCCAGAGGUGCUUGUUCACCUGAAGAAUACAUUAGACAGUAGCUCCCAGGGUGGAAUAGUGCCCACCAAGGCGCAUUUACAUCAUCAAUUGAAGAUAGGCGGUCUCACACAGCGAGCUCUGCAGUUGUCAAACUUCCCUAAAAUCGAUCUCAUAUGUGUAACUAGGGGACCUGGUAUGCCUGGAUCUCUUUCAGGAGGAUUGGACUUUGCUAAAGGUCUCUCAGUCGCAUGGCAGAAGCCGCUGUUGGGGAUGCACCACAUGCUAGGCCAUUUGCUAGUCCCCAGGAUGGAGACAAAUGGUGAAAGGCCUAGUUACCCAUUUUUGAGCUUGCUGGUGAGUGGAGGUCAUACUACUGUUGUUUUGUCGCAGAGUAUCACUGAUCAUGAGAUCAUAUGUGACUCAAUGGACAUCGCUGUGGGGGACUCUUUGGACAAAUGCGGUAGAGAGUUGGGUAUUAAGGGAACUAUGAUUGCAAAGGAGAUGGAAAAAUUCAUUGACGAAGAUCCCAGCUGCGCCCAUGACACUGAGAUUCAAAUGGUAAUGCCCAACCCACUGAAAAAUAAGCACAAUCGAGUAGACCUCCAGGCUUUCUCAUUUGCGCCUUUUCUGACAGCUGUAAGAAAUAACCUAAAGCAGCCCAUUGAAAACUACACAAUAAAACAAAUCAGAUCAAUGGCUUACCAGACUCAAGAAGCCAUCUUUAACCACAUAAUGACACGACUAUCAAAAGUAAUCGCCUUAAACCGCGAUAAACUCAUAGGAGUACGACAUUUGGUUUGCUCUGGCGGUGUCGGUGCCAACAAGAGGCUACGUCAUCUACUGGAGACUAAGCUGUGCCCGAAUUUCGAGACUUUCCACUACCCACCUCUCGAUCUCUGUACAGAUAAUGCGGUGAUGAUCGGUUGGGCCGGUAUUGAACUUUAUGAGUCAAAAAAAUUCUCUACGGAGCUGGAAGUGUCCCCCAUACGUAAGUGGCCACUCUCUGAGCUACUAACAGUCCCUGGAUGGACUACUGUAGAUUAA